UAUUCUUGUACAAUUUUACAAAGUGUGGAAUCAUAUUGUAUGAAUAAAAACAGGACUGAUUGUGUUUUUUCGCCAUGUUUUUCUAAUAUUUUUCUGAAGAAAAAAAAAAUAGAUCAUAAAAUGUCAAAUGUCCACGAUGUCAGAGAGGUUUAUAAACACAGAGACACACACUGGUAAACACAUGCAUGCCUGCACAGUUUCACCCAGUUGUUGUUGUUUUUUUCUCUUCAUACAUGGCGGCCUAAUUGAUUCUCAUUUUAAUUAUGUUGAACCAGACUGUCUCUCUUCUUCACUUGACAACAAAACCGGUGCAGGCCAGCAGUCUGCCUCUCACACUGUGAGGGUGACACCUCCGUCUCCACACAGAGGAACGAGUCGAGCAUCCACUUUGAUGUGUCUCCCCCGCAAAGGAAAGGUCAAAAUAAUAAAUGUAGGCCCAAUUGAUGGGUUGGCAGGGGGGCGCGGGGGGUUUCUGUGGUGAUUUUUGGACGAGUGCUCCCCUAAAGGCACAAUGAAUUCAUACAGUCAGUCACGGCCAAAGAGUAAAACAGCAUGAGUCCCCUUUCCAUGAAAGGGUUGAUCUGAAUCUGCAGACGAGCCUGGCUCCGUCUUCCCACUCAUUCUCCAACACGUCGCCCUCUCUCCUGUCUCUCUCGAACACAGGCUUGCCUCACACUCGCACACACACACACACACACACACAUACACACAUACGUCACAACAACAACCCCCUCAGUGAGCUUCUCCACCUAACUUCCAUGCAGCAAGACACUUCUGAUUCAGGAGUAAACUACCCAGAAAUACACAGACGCUUGAACAUGUCUUUGAAAAAAUAAAAAAUCCUCCGGUCGUCAAGAUCACGGGAUAUCUGUUAGUAUCGGCCUUUGACCUCCGGUUCCAUAAUUAUGAACUCUUUGUUUUGAAACCCAAGAACUUUAUUUUAAAUUCUUGGGAAAAUGUGGGGCUACAGUUAAAAGUGUGUAAAAGAUGUUGUGAAUAUUUUCUCUUUACCUGAUGGUAUCACUUUUAAGUUCACUGCAGUUUGGGUGUGAAACUACACUAUUGGGUCAUCCAGAGGUGGAAGAGUGUUUAUUUGAGUAAAAAUACCAGUAACAAUACAAAUAUUGCACAACAAUUCAUAAUUCUACUUUUGAAAAGAACAACAGUGUGAGCAGACCUCGGUGUUCUUUAAGUAUAAUUUUUUUGUGCAGAAUGAUAUAUAAUAGUAUUACAUUGUUAUUAUGGACAAAUUAAUGUGUUCAAUUUUUCAUCUAUACAGUGGUUUUGCAUGCAGACUCCAUUGUAUUGUCGCCUGUCACGCUGACGACAAAACCCUCAGAUACACAGCAGCCUGAUGAUUCUCGUGAUGUCCCGCUCGGCCCCGGUGCCGGUGCCGGAGCGGCCGCGCGCCGCGUCCGGACGCACAUCCACGCGGCGCUGCCCCCGCAGCGCGCGGCCGCUCCGGCCUCAGUAACAUGCGCAGUCCUGCCGCGAAUCACGCAUCACCACGGCAACCGGCGUUCACAGCGAGUCCCCGCCGCCCGUCCAGCAUCCGCGAGCCCCGGGUCCCCGCCGUCAUCCUCCUCCUCAUCCUCCACCGACGACGACCGCGAUCUGUCCGGGCAUUUUUCCGGCAGCCAUGGUGAAGCUGGGCAGCAAUCUGUCUGAGAAGCUGGAGAAGCAGCCGUCUGCGGACGACGGCUUUGACAACAUCCCCCUCAUCACGCCCCUGGAGGUCAACCAGCUCCAGCAGCCAUUCGCAGACAAGGUCAUCGUGAAGACAACGACUCAGUACCACUUGCAGAAGAAGAAGAACAAGCUGUACGUGCCGAGCAUCAAGAGACUGAAUAUAAACUUCUACAGUGACGUUUCAGAGAAAGUUAAGAUCACGGCUCUCAUCCUCAUCACGUUGGCCUUCUUAACCAGCCUGCUCCUCCUGCUCAUGUACAAAGCCAUGUGGUACGACCAACUCACCUGCCCAGAGGGUUUUAUCCUUAAGCAGAGGCACUGCACCCCGACCGCCCUGGAGAUGUACUUCACAGAGGAGCAGCAGCAGCAGCAGCAGCAGCAGGAGCCAGGCGUCCACGUUGGCACCAACAGCGGGCUGUACGCUGCGCUCAGCCAUCUCAACCAUGUCAAGAGGCCUGGACCUGAGCUGCCAUCGCCAUGGUUACCAGUGAUCAGCUCUCUGAAGGAGGCUGAGGCGGCCAAACAAGGCAACGAGCCGCUGAAGAGAGAGCUGGAGGGAGAGGAGUGAAGGGCCUGAUGGGAAUGUAGGUGUUAGAGGACGACAUGGUGAUGGGCAGUUUACCGUCGUAGGUUACCACUUGUUUGUGUGUGUGUGCGUGCGUGCGUGUGUUGUGAGUUGCUGUGGUUAGAGGCAGGCAUGUUAUUAAGGUGUUCGGUAAUGUUCCUGACUUUUACAGUGUUACUGACUCAUGAGUAAACUCCGCCAUCUGCAUUCUUUGUGUGUGUGUGUGUAGAUAUAUACACACACUCUGAAUGCAUAUUCACAUUCACAUGCGGUGCGUGACUGUGUGUGCAUGCACUGUAUGAUUUGUGUACUUGCCGCAGGAAGUUGGAAGUGAGAGGAGAGGAGAGAAGCGAGGCGAGAGCUCAGAGCGAGAAGUGACGAUAACAAGUUUUUAAUGAGAAUAUUAGUAAGUUUCUCCUCAUUGCUCCAUGAUCUUGUUAUCUCGCCGUCUGCUCAUUUAGUCUUCGAGGGGAAAGUAUGAAAUCGGCAGUGAAUGUGCUCACCGCCUUUAAGACAAAGAAAAAAUAACUUUCCAUUUUCAACAUUUGAUGAAAUGAUUUGAUCCUACAUCUUAUCACCCCGAGACUGCAAAUUAUAGUUCUGAAACAUGAAAAUCAGCCGAAUGUGUGUUCUUAAAGUCAAGUGUUGCCCUCACAUACCAAGUGACCUGAGUGACACAAGCACAAGCUUCCUGUCUGUUUUUCAUCUGCGUCACACAGUGGAUCUGGAAAGUAUCAAGUUAUUAAAUGUUCAAAAAAGGUGUUAAUUUUCUCAAGUUAUUGUGCAGGAAUUAAUAACUAAAAGUAAAUCUAAUCAAUGGAAAAUUAUAUCUACAACACAGUAACGUGUGCAGCAAAUGACCGGGCCUGAAUACUUUCCAAAGCUUCAUUUGUUUUCAUUUGAAGAAUCUUUGACAUUAUGUGUGUGCAACCUACUGUAAGUAUGGAUUCAACUUGAGAAGUCAAUGUAUUAUUACAGAAAAUCCAUGUGCACAUUUUGCUAUAUGUUCACGUGUAAUCUGAGUGUAAAAACGAUCUAAUUAUGCGCCGCUCAUUUUGUUUUCAUUUUGUAUUCUGUAUACGAUGCCCUUGUAAAACCACAUUUACACUGUAAUGAUAACGGGGUUAGAUCACCACGAUCCUGAUAUGAAUGUAUGAAUUAGCUACUUUUAAACGUGCAAGAUAUACCAUAAUUAUUGCUUUUAAUGUAAUACUGAAACAAUUUUCUAUUUAUUUAAUCGGCAGACUAAGAUUAAUGUGUUUUGUUUUUUGUAUUUUGAAUGGGAAAACUUGUGUAAGCAUUAUUUGCAAAUAUUCUUUUCCUGCCUCUUCAUAUAUGAAUGGGGGCGGAGAAAAAAUCAUGUGAUCAUCUUUCAAAGACUUUUGUUUUUUGUAGCAAUCAGAAAUGACCCAAUAUUACCCGACAUGUCUUGUCAUUUGUCUUAAUUCAAGCAUAGAGACCUUUUUUUUCUCUCUGUCUUGCCAUUUUUCUUUUCUAAUGGCAAAGAUCUUAUUUUUCAAAACACAACUCGUCCGCCGGGUCCAAGAGCCAAAACAUUUACAUCAAACCCAUCUGCUCUGAUGUCACCGACUGAACAGAAACAAAUGCCAUGAAGUGUUGAGCUGUGUCGUUCACAACAAGCCCUGUUGAUUUAGACUAGCUGCCUCCACGAUCCUGAGGAAAUAUUGGUGUUUGGAUGUAAACCAUUCAUGAGACAACUAACCUCAGCUGUUAGAAAACCAUCAGCAGCUGAAUGUACGUAUGAGCUCAUCAUACUUUUCAAAAAUGAAAUCAUUGAAGUAAUUAACUGUGGCUGUCGGACAGAUACAGCGGUUAAACACUACACUUCUUAGCUUGCUGUACUUUCCAUGUUAUGCUUCUCUGUAUAUAAGCUUUACUGUAUUUCAGAAAUCAAUUGAGAACUGUAUUGCUGAUAGUGUAAGUUAUUUGAAAAAGGAGCUACUAUCUUAGUGACAAUGAUCAGGUUGGUGAACUGACCCACUGAAAACCUUCCCAGUGAGUCGGCCUACAUCGCUGAGUGGCACAAACUAAUAACUUCUAAUUAAUCACAAAAUAACUUUUUCACUGCCUCAUCAAAUAAAGGGAUACGUCAUACUGAGACUUUACAAGUGAUCCAUCACUUCAUGAGUAUCCUAUUCAUUAUUACAAACAAACCAGGAGCAGCAGGGUUCAUCAUCGGUGAGUUCCUGACUUGUUUUUCCUCCUGUGUACUGUGAACCAUAUGCUGUAGAUGUGUUUCCCGUGUUAUAAUGAAGGAUUGAUCCGCAUAGUGACUUUGUUUAUACUUUGAGCAAUGAGAAAGUGGUUUCCCUCAUUAAACUUACGUAACUAAGUUGAAAUUCUUAACGCAUGA